AUGCAUUUCAAUACAUUCGUUACUCUUCUCUUCCUCACACCGGUCUUGGCCAACCCCAUCGCUGCCUCGGACGACAGUGUGGACGGACUUCAGGAUUAUGCCGAAAGCCUGACCGUUCCAGCAGUUCCUAACUCAAUCCUUACCGUACUGGAAACCGCCAUCCCCGCUUCUUGGUACGCCAGCAUCGACGACCCGACAUUCCGAUCCUCAGUCAUCAGUGAGAUCGAGGCUGGCACUUACCCAGCCUGGUACAAUGCCCUCCCCAGCAGCGUGAAAGCCUGGGCUUUCUCUGAAUACGCUCUUGGUGUCGCCACAACAAGCUCCGAUGAGCAGACUGCGACUGCCACUGCCUCUGCGGCUGCCACUGCCUCUGCCACUGCCUCUGGUGUCAACAAUGCCGCCUCCACUGCCACUCAGACAGCCGCUACUUCGGGUAACGCCGUGACCUCUGGUGCUGCUUUCACCUCCAAGACCCGGGCAUCUACCGCUUCUGUUUCCCCGUCAACUGCUUCCUCCACCGGAGGUGCGCCUGUUGCGACUGCUGGAGUUGCCAUGGGCUUAGCAGGUAUUGCUGGUCUACUCGGGCUUGCGAUCGCUCUCUAG